CCCUAGGGCUUUAGAGGACGCCGCGAAGCGCAAUGGCGAUGAAGGUGAUCGCUCCCGCGAAUAAGAAAAUCCUUCCCUUGAUGUCCAGGGUCCUCCUCAGUAAGAUCGAGAGCCACGCCGAGAAAACCAAGGCCGGAAUCAUACUGCCCACAUCACACUACUCCGAGAACGAGGUAACAAUGGCCAAAGUGGUCGCUGUUGGCCCCGGAGAGGUGACCGAAGGUGGGAAACUCAUCCCGGUGUUCGUCAAGGUUGGGGACACUGUUUUAAUCGGAGAGCAUGGCGGACAUAGAGUGAACGAUGAGAAUUUGUACCUCUUCAGGGACGAGGACAUUGUCGGAAUUAUUCACGACUAAUGCUGCUAAACCCAAACGAAAACAAUCGGAUUUUUCCUUCUUCC